AUGUCGUUCCCCGUUGUAAAUGGCGUCGAGGUAGCAGUUGCACCACCUGCUGGGUACCAGGUCGACUUCGGCAACCCUGAGACGGAUGGGUCGAUGGUUAGAAAUGCCUAUUGGAUCUUCGGAAUGGAGUUUGCGUUUGCGACGGCCUUUUUGGGGCAGCGCAUGUAUACCAACGGUGUGAUCCUGCGCAAAUUCAUGAUUGAUGAUUAUCUGAUCCUUUUCGCAUGGGUCCUUUCAAUAGCCGCUCAAUCAUUUCUUCUUGAUGCCUACCGUCGAAAGCUUCUUGGUGUUCAUGCCUGGGAAAUGCCCGUUGACAGCAACACCGAAUCUGCUCUGCUUGUUAUGUGCACAACUCUCACAUAUAUUCCUACGACAAUUCUAUCGAAACUGACGCUUUGCUUCUUCUACUAUCGACUCUCGCCAGCAAGGUGGUAUCAAUACUCGGUCUACGUUACAGGAAUUAUUUGCACAACGAGUCUAGUCGGCAUUUGGUUCAGCGUUCUCUUCGCCUGUAAACCUAUCGCGGCGGGUUGGGACGUGAGACUAUCUGCCAAUGCUACUUGCAUCAAUCGACCUCCCAUUUACAUAACGCAAGCUGCCUUUGGCUGCAUCACAGACGUUAUGCUUCUGAUAUUACCUAUUCCAACUGUCCUCGGGCUGCAAAUGUCUACACGACAGAAGUUCGGAGUACUUGGCUUAUUUGCCAUUGGCUCAAUCACCCUCGUCACAUCCGUCGUUCGAUUGGUGUUACUACUGCCGAGUGUAUCGAACCCAGACCAGAGUUGGUCCUUGGCAGAAGGUUGCCUAUGGGUCAUCAUCGAAGCCAAUCUGUUGAUCAUGUGUGGUUCCCUCCCUACUCUUCGGGUUUUCCUUAAAAACGUCGCACCUCGGGUUCUCGGUGACAAAAGCCAAAGUAAACCAAGCGAACAAAAUAGCGCCAGUGCAAGCUUUGGGCUACGAACGUUUGGUGGUUCAAAUGGGCCGCGGCGGAAGUUUGACACCCUUGUGGAACUAGAGCACGAUAAUAUUAUUGGAGUCGCCCAGUAUCAGAGACCGACAAGUAACCAUGUUUCAAAGACGUCUAGACUGCACUACCUUAUUCCCGCGUCCGAACCCACGCUGAACCUCUGCGCAAAUAUUAUAUCUGUACUUGCCAAUCGAUAUCCGGUCCCUUCUAUAAUUGGUUACAAAGGUAAAGAUGAGUUCGAUGCAAAGGUUGCCCAUAUUGCAAAGCUUCACAGCAUCUCACGAUACUUGAACGGGCCUGCUGGGGAAUACAGCGACGACCUGGUUAUUGUCGCAGAUGGUCAUGAUGUACUGGCCCAACUACCUGCCGAGGUUUUAAUUCACCGAUACUUCGAAAUAAUGGAGCGUCAUGACCGUGUUCUUGCUGAUCAAUUCGGCCUUUCCAUUGCCCAAGCUCAUGAACAAGGUCUUCGCAAAACUCUUCUUUGGGGUGCAGACAAGUAUUGUUUUCCGCGGGAACGCGAUGAGCCACAGUGCUGGGCUGUUCCAGAAUCGUUCCUCUCCCACAAUGUCUACGGCAAACACACCCAGGACCGUAGCAUGCGCUAUGCUGAUCCCAGACAUCUCAAUUCUGGCACUGUUAUUGGACCUUUGGGUGAUCUACGCGACUGCAUUGAUGCGGCACUGAUCUUGAUUGAGAAUACAUGGAAUGCCACAUUCAAUCACCGGAACUCGGAUCAAUUCUACCUGGGCAAACUAUAUGCCCGUCAGGAAGUUAAUCACACUAUGGCCAUCACUGGCGGUAGAAUCCCAAACCUCAAGGGCACGCGAAAGCUUCCACAAUUCAGCGGAUUUGGUACUGAGCAAACGGACUAUCACAUGGCUGUCGAUCAUGAAUCAGCCUUCACUUGUACUCAAUGCGCCAAUGUGGACUGGAUGCGCAACAUUGCGUUUGACCGUCCUGGGCACCGUAGUGUAGUGAAAGGCAACAGCUCGAAGAAGAAACAUCCUUUCAAGCCUUUCACUAUUCAAAUGCCUGGUCUUGUCGUAAAUGCUUUAACCAAGCUAUACGAUGCUAUAGAUCAUGAACAGCCCACUGAAGAAUGGAUCAAAAGUGUACAGCUGGGCACCAACAUCGCUACUGGGCAUAUCUAUCCUCUCUACCACGGGACCUGCAGAAAGAGUAACUUUAUGAGUAGAUAUAUGGAUCUCUGGCUGUAUCCAAUGUCCAGAAGACUGCUGGGAGCUGCUUCAAAGGCACUGGAGGCUAAGGAGCCUUUGACGGGGGGCAUGGUUGAUGGACGAUACUGGGUAUCUUCUCAGCAUUAUCCUCACGACGAGGAUGGGCUACAAGGUCUUGGGGGUAUAUACACAGACGCUGAAGAUAACAUGGAAUCUUUCAUUCCUCUUACAGAGUUCUGUGAUGGGUAUUUAGAAGAGCUACUACUAUAA